UACCAUGAGAUAUACACAGGUUGCCAAAAGUAUUGUCCCUCCCAAUCAUGUGAUUCAGGUGCUCCAAUCCCCUCCCACUCAUGUGAUUCAGGUGCUCCAAUCCCCUCCCAAUCACAUGAUUCAGGUGCUCCAAUCCCCUCUAUAUCAUGUGAUUCAGGUGUUCCAAUCCCCUCCAAAUCAUGUGAUUUAGGUGUUCCAAUCCCCUCCCAAUCAUGUGAUUCAGGUGCUCUAAUCCCCUCCAAAUCAUGUGAUUCAGGUGCUCCAAUCCCCUCCAUAUCAUGGGAUUCAGGUGUUCCCAAUCAUGUGAUUCAGGUGUUCCAAUCCCCUCCCAAUCAUGUGAUUCAGGUGUUCCCAAUCAUGUGAUUCAGGUGUUCCCAAUCAUGUGAUUCAGGUGUUCCCAAUCAUGUGAUUCAGGUGUUCCCAAUCAUGUGAUUCAGGUGUUCCAAU